UAUCACCGGGAGGUUCCCAGAUUUGGUUCAUACCCUGUAAGACGAAUAAACACGAUGCAGCCUAAACUCCAGACCCAGCACUCGAACCCGGCCAGGCCCAUGCAGGGACAGAACAAGGUCUUCCGGGUUCCGAACUACAGACCGAAACAUGCCACACCGCAUGGAUCUGGGGAACCAACUGAGCACGUCUAUCAUUCCCGCCGAUCCCACCGGAAAUCACGUGUCGGCUGCGUGAACUGUAAGCAACGAAGAGUCAAGUGCGAUGAAACGAAGCCGUGUUGUCUUCGAUGCCAGAAAUAUGGCGUCGAGUGUGAUUACUCGGACCGGCCUGUCCGAGCUCCAAAAACAACCAACAUCGUCGCCGACUUCAUCAAAACCCACCCCGGGCUAAUAUCAAUUGACUCCCUGGCAUCUUCAAUGUCCCUAAUGAUGGUAGCAGAGAAGUUGAAUGAAUUGCUGCUACCAGCCUCCCCUACCAGUACCCAGCUACCAAGGAAACUGAGAGACACCUCUGCAUCAAUGCGCACUAUAGAAGCACUACAUCAUUUCCACAGAGGCCCAGCAUUCACAACCGAACCCCAACAUAAUGUCCGUAUAGUCAUGGACAAAAUGGUCAAACUUGCCUUCGAACUCGAAAGAAACCACCACUCACAAAGACCAACCUUCCCCCAGACCCCCUUCCUCAUGCACGCCAUAAUAGCCGCAUCAACAACACACCUCUGCGCCCACCUCCCAGACAACAAAGACUACCGCCUAGCAGAAGCCUACCACUGGCAAAGAGCAAUAACCCAAUACUCAACCGAAGUAACCAAGAUAACCCGCCACAACACCGAUAAACUCUACACCGCCUGCAUGCUAAUAAGCAUGCACUCCUUCCACCAAGAGAUCUUCAACCCCGCCGCUUCCUUCGUCUUCACCACAGACCACACAGCCCUAACCUGGCUCCGCAUCCAAACAGGCCUCCGCUACCUGCUCGCGCACACAGCCCCCUGGCUGCACCAGAGUAUAUGGUGGAGCGUCUUCAACGAGUCCCGGAAUGCACAGGCGGACUUUGAGGACUCGCGGCCGGGUCGUGUAGGUCUUGAUCCGGAUUUGGCGGAUCUUUGUGGCGUGACAGAGGACUCGACUGUCGAGUCGAAUCCGUUUCUUUGGCCAUUGCGCAUGCUUAUGGGGUUGUUGCCGCUUGAGCGGUGUGCGGGCAGUUUCAAGGCUUAUAAUACUUGGAUGGGGAGGUUGGAGGGUCCGUUUUAUGAGUGUUUGGAGAGGAAGGAGGUCCCGGCGCUGGUUUUGUUGGCUUGGUGGCUUGGGCUUAUGUGUUUUGCUGGGGAGUGGUGGGCGGAGGUUAGGGUGAGGUCGGAGUGUACGGCUAUAUGUAUGUUCCUGGAGGAGAGUGGUGAUCCGCUGGUUUUGAGGUUGUUGGAGUUUCCGGCAUCCUGUUGUGGGUGUGUACUUAGGCAUGGGAAGGGGGCUAGGGUGCUUGAGCUGGAUUGA